CGACGAGGCAUUGCGUUGAUUACGUUAUAGGGGGACAGGAGAGAAAGAUGAGUGAUGGGACGGGGUGUCGACUCCCUGAGCAGCGCUGGUAGUGGUGGUGUCAUUAUACCAACCGAGAUACGCGACCUCGUCUCUCAGUCAAGAGAGAUGCAGUGCCAAACAACCGAGAGCAUAACUAACUGUUUCGAACGAGGCGUUCGAACGGACUAUUAGGGAGAAACGAGAGAUCUUCACUUCCACCUCCUGAGAUUGACGCGUGAUUAACUGUUCAACUCCACGGCGUUUUAAGGCAUUUUUCAGUCCAACCGGAUUUUUUAGCCAGUUUACGACACAAGGAGCCAAAUCCAAGCGCUUUCUAUUCCCCUGGGAGUGACACUGACGGUUUAAACCUCUUCGCCCACUGAAGACAAUUUCCAAUUAAAUGGAGGGAUUGAGAGCCGAGGACAGUGGAUAGGCAGUCGGGCCACGAAGCAGAUGUGAAAUCGUCCAAGGAGGCUGUGGGAAGAAAGGAAGCGGUCCGUUUGGCUCCAGUAUCAAGGAAGCAAGAGAGACACAGCACAUGACGUCUGGCCCGCGGAACGCUGUGUCUGGGUGGGUGACAAUGGCGUGCUGAACCAUUGAAGACUACGUUUGGCGCACAUGCUCACGGUACAGUGAGGCUUCUUCAAGGUGGGGGGUGACAUGGCUUCGUUCGCCGCUCCGGGAGGAGAGUCCUCCAGCAGGGAGAACUCGACCUCGGAUUACUCCUACGACUACUUCAGCGAGUUCGACUGGACGGUCCUGGGGCCGUCCACCGCCACCUACGCCGUCAUCUUCCUUCUGGGAUUGAUAGGGAACGGCAUGGUAAUCUUCGCCGUUCACCGCUGCCGGCGCCUCCACACCGCCACCUGCCUGUUGCUUGCCAACCUAGCCCUGGCGGACCUCCUCUUAACCCUGCUCCUCGUCCCCACGAAGUUAGCUGUGGGAAUUCUCAGCCACUGGCCGCUUGGUGAGGCAAUGUGCCGCAUCGUAGCCUUCGUCAACGCCUUAUCCCCAACCUGCUCUAUCUACACCAUGGUGGUCAUUGCACUUGAAAGAUGCUACGCCGUGCUGUUUCCCUUGGAGACCAGGUCGGCCAUCACCAUGGGCCGCACCCGUGUGGCUAUUCUCCUUGUCUGGCUCUUCUCCUUCGCAACGUGCACCCCGGCUUUCUUCUCCAAGACAACCACAGAAAUGGGCUCUGGCGCCUUCCGUUGGACGGUUUGCAACGAGGCUUGGUCCACAGACCAGCUGGCCCUGGGCUACAUGAUCUACAUGUGCGUGCUGAUCUUCCUCAUCCCCAUCCUGGUCUUGAUCGUUUGCUACUCGCUGAUCGUCCACCGGCUCUACACAGGCAGAAAGCUCACCAGGCACAUGCGGCCGCUGUCGGCGGUCAACAUCCCCCUCCAGCGGCUGGAGGAAGACGGCGCCCCUGCGACGGCCAUCGGGUCGGAAGACACACUGAACUGCCUGGGCUCAGAAGGCGAGGCACUGCACGGGGGGACGAGGGUGAGCUACUCUGGGGUGCCUGCACAGCGCCCCCAACGAACAGAAUCGCAGACACUUCAGCACAUCGUAACAAUGCUGAUCGUGGUGGUCGUCGUGUUUGUUCUCUGCUGGUGUCCCCUCUUCCUCUUCGGUAUCCUCCUCCGGCAGGGCUUGACGGGGCUCGAUCCCUUGAACGACGAGGAAACCGUCUGGAAGGUCAGCCUCAGCCUGCAUAUCUUGGCCUACGCCAACAGCUGUAUGAACCCUCUCAUCUACGCCUUCCUGUCGGAGAGCUUCCGAGAAGGAUUCAUGCAGGCGCUGGGGACGUGCUUGCCAGGCGAGGCGCGAGGCCCGAACAGACGGCGCACCAGCCAGCAAUCCACGCACUGGAGCCGGCUGAACACGCGGAACAUGUCCGUCACCUCCUGCGCCAACUCCCCUCACCGAUUAUAGGUGACCUCCUAGACUUCAUGAGGCACGGAAACACAAUAUGGCUCUCCAUGGGACCAUGCUUUCCUGUUAUCCGGCCCAAGCGGAACCAAGAGAGGGUGCAAUUAUCCCAGCAACGGAGGCUCCUUUGAUAGGACUGCACUUCGCUGGUUCUCGACUGACAAUGAUAUGUAUGCAUGCUUCUGCUCAAGGCGAAUAACGCUCCUGGGCAUCAAACAUGGCUUCACUUUUUAAAGAAAAAUGGUUUUCCGAAAAUCGUCACACAGGUAUCGACUCUUUAUGAUAACCGUGUGUUAUUUAUGCGACUGGAAUACUGGAUACAAACGUAACUGCAACGCAAGGCUUCGAUAUUUUGGGUCCUACACUUCGGGGAAUCGGAUAUUGGAUUUGCGCAAAUAGUUUUAUCUCAGUAUUCAGUAUUGUCGUUUAGCUGUUUGCUUUUCAUUUCGAGCUGUUCAGGUGACAUUAUCUCCUUAUCCCAAGGAAAUCUUUAACCUUAAACAGCGCUACUGCAUGUGUAACUUAACGGUACAAACCAUACACGUGUGUUUUAGAGAAUUGAUGGUUAGUUGAUUGUAUUGUGAUAAGAAGUUACUAAAAAGGGAAACCCCUAUAGAACGCUGGACUUCACAGACUCACAGGGUCCGCUGCUACGGGCGCUGGCAGUCCCAGAUUCAGUGUUCCGUCGGCCCUAUUAUGGCACCAGUGAUCCGUCGGCCAUGUUUUUUUUUUCAUUUCAUAUUGCUGGUUCAGGUUGGAGCCUUGCAUUUCGCGUUGAGGCUAAGCUGGAAUGAGCAACUUAAACUAUGAUCGCUAGUUUCCCCCGGUUGCCUCCCCCAAAUCGGAAAUUGAAUGCAGUGCCUGUUGUCAUUUGUGUUUGAACACAUCUACCACCUUGUUUUCGUGUACUCGCCCGAGCUCUUUGUAGGCCCCAGCUGGGGCAACGUCCCUAUUCUGUGUCUUGAGGAUAAUCCAUUCCCAGAUGCAGAUGCCUAUAGUUUGACCCAAUAUCUUUAUACUUCAUGUGCAAAUAAAUAGAUAAAUUAAUUAAACAGUUUGUAUAUUAUGCAAUGAAAGUGCACAACCUUGCAUGCUGUGCCAAUCAGUUUCACCGAAGAGUGUAAACUUUUUAUUUCUUUGGCAGUUUUAUUUUUACAGUUUGCUUUCUGAGAUGUCCAGAUUUUCGAUCUAGUGCUGUAUGCAUUGUGGUGUUUGAACGAAACUGAAAUACAUGGAGUAAGAUAGAAUAAACAGUUUGAUAUUAUUGCAUGUUCGUGUAAUAAUCGGUCAACAGGAUUAGAGAAAUGGCAAUGUAACAGUAAGUGAGCUUUAGCAACAAAUCCUUACAACACCCUUUCGCGAUCGAAGUAGCUUGUGAAGAGCUUCCUCUUUCUUUUUCUUUUGAUGUGUUUGACCAAGGUUGGUGCACACCAAGAACGACCGAGAAGUAGCGGUGACGUAUCGGGGAGAAAAGGGGACACUGACCCUGUGGGAACUCUUUCCCCCAAUUGCAACUCCCCCAAGAACCGGACACGCUUUGCAAUACUCAACUUCGUCUCCGUCUCCGGUUUCGUCUCCGAAAGCAGUCCCCGUUUGUGGGCCUGAAGCGUUUAAAUUAAAUUGAAGUACUGUAA